AAUGCCUCCACGACCAUCAUCAGGUGAACUGUGGGGCAUCCACUUGAUGCCCCCAAGAAUCCUAGUAGAAUGUUUACUACCAAAUGGAAUGAUAGUGACUUUAGAAUGCCUCCGUGAGGCUACUUUAAUAACUAUAAAGCAUGAACUGUUUAAAGAAGCAAGAAAAUACCCUCUCCAUCAACUUCUUCAAGAUGAAUCUUCUUACAUUUUCGUAAGUGUUACCCAAGAAGCAGAAAGGGAAGAAUUUUUCGAUGAAACAAGACGACUUUGUGACCUUCGGCUUUUUCAACCCUUUUUAAAAGUAAUUGAACCAGUAGGCAACCGUGAAGAAAAGAUCCUCAAUCGAGAAAUUGGUUUUGCUAUUGGCAUGCCAGUGUGUGAAUUUGAUAUGGUUAAAGAUCCAGAAGUACAAGACUUCCGAAGAAAUAUUCUGAAUGUUUGUAAAGAAGCUGUGGAUCUUAGGGAUCUCAAUUCACCUCAUAGUAGGGCAAUGUAUGUUUAUCCCCCAAAUGUAGAAUCUUCACCAGAACUGCCAAAGCACAUAUAUAAUAAAUUAGAUAAAGCUUCUCCCCUUAAUAUCUUACAGUAUAUAAGGAGCUGUAUAAUGCUUGGGAGGAUGCCCAAUUUGAUGCUGAUGGCUAAAGAAAGCCUUUACUCUCAACUGCCAAUGGACUGUUUUACAAUGCCAUCUUAUUCCAGACGUAUUUCCACAGCUACACCAUAUAUGAAUGGAGAAACAUCUACAAAAUCUCUUUGGGUUAUAAAUAGUGCACUCAGAAUAAAAAUUCUUUGUGCAACCUAUGUGAAUGUAAAUAUUCGAGACAUUGAUAAGAUCUAUGUUCGAACAGGCAUCUACCAUGGAGGAGAACCCUUAUGUGACAAUGUAAACACUCAGAGAGUACCUUGUUCCAAUCCCAGAUGGAAUGAAUGGCUGAAUUAUGACAUAUACAUUCCUGAUCUUCCUCGUGCUGCUCGACUCUGCCUUUCCAUUUGCUCUGUUAAAGGCCGCAAGGGUGCUAAAGAGGUAAAGUAUUUCAGAAGGAACCACUACUUUUACCUCUAAAAACUUUUACUAAUUAUACUGCUGAAUGAAAUUUUUCACAAAAUGGAUGAAACUCCAUGUUUAGAGUUGGAGUUUGACUGGUUCAGCAGUGUGGUAAAGUUUCCAGAUAUGUCAGUGAUUGAAGAACACGCCAAUUGGUCUGUGUCCCGAGAAGCAGGAUUUAGUUAUUCCCAUGCAGGACUGAGUAACAGACUAGCUAGAGACAAUGAAUUAAGAGAAAAUGACAAAGAACAGCUCCGAGCAAUUUGUACACGAGAUCCUCUAUCUGAAAUUACUGAACAAGAGAAAGAUUUUCUGUGGAGCCACAGACACUAUUGUGUAACUAUCCCUGAAAUUCUACCUAAAUUGCUAUUGUCUGUUAAAUGGAAUUCUAGAGAUGAAGUAGCCCAGAUGUACUGCUUGGUGAAAGACUGGCCUCCAAUCAAACCUGAACAGGCUAUGGAGCUUCUAGACUGUAAUUAUCCAGAUCCUAUGGUUCGAGGUUUUGCUGUUCGAUGCUUGGAAAAGUAUUUAACAGAUGACAAACUUUCUCAGUACUUAAUUCAGCUAGUACAGGUCCUAAAAUAUGAACAGUAUUUGGAUAACCUGCUUGUGAGAUUUUUACUCAAGAAAGCAUUGACUAAUCAAAGGAUUGGGCACUUUUUCUUUUGGCAUUUAAAAUCUGAGAUGCACAAUAAAACAGUUAGUCAGAGGUUUGGUCUGCUCUUGGAGUCCUAUUGUCGUGCAUGUGGGAUGUAUUUGAAGCACCUGAAUAGGCAAGUUGAGGCAAUGGAAAAGCUCAUUAACUUAACUGACAUUCUCAAACAGGAGAAGAAGGAUGAAACACAAAAGGUACAGAUGAAGUUUUUAGUUGAGCAAAUGAGGCGACCAGAUUUCAUGGAUGCUCUACAGGGCUUUCUAUCUCCUCUAAACCCUGCUCAUCAACUAGGAAAUCUCAGGCUUGAAGAGUGUCGAAUUAUGUCCUCUGCAAAAAGGCCACUGUGGUUGAAUUGGGAGAACCCAGACAUCAUGUCAGAGUUACUGUUUCAGAACAAUGAGAUCAUCUUUAAAAAUGGGGAUGAUUUACGGCAAGAUAUGCUAACACUUCAAAUUAUUCGCAUUAUGGAAAAUAUCUGGCAAAAUCAAGGUCUUGAUCUUCGAAUGUUACCUUACGGCUGUCUGUCAAUCGGUGACUGUGUGGGACUUAUUGAGGUGGUGAGAAAUUCUCACACUAUUAUGCAGAUUCAGUGCAAAGGCGGCCUCAAAGGCGCAUUGCAGUUCAACAGCCACACACUACAUCAGUGGCUAAAAGACAAGAAUAAAGGAGAAAUAUAUGAUGCAGCCAUUGACCUGUUCACACGUUCAUGUGCUGGAUAUUGUGUAGCUACCUUCAUUUUGGGGAUUGGAGAUCGUCACAAUAGUAACAUCAUGGUGAAAGAUGAUGGACAACUGUUUCAUAUAGAUUUUGGACACUUUUUGGAUCACAAGAAGAAAAAAUUUGGCUAUAAACGAGAACGGGUGCCCUUUGUUUUGACACAAGAUUUCUUAAUAGUGAUUAGUAAAGGAGCCCAAGAAUGCACAAAGACAAGAGAAUUUGAGAGGUUUCAGGAGAUGUGUUACAAGGCUUACCUAGCUAUUCGGCAGCAUGCCAAUCUCUUCAUAAAUCUUUUCUCGAUGAUGCUUGGCUCUGGAAUGCCAGAACUACAAUCUUUUGAUGACAUUGCAUACAUCCGAAAGACUCUAGCCUUAGAUAAAACUGAGCAAGAGGCUUUGGAAUAUUUUAUGAAACAAAUGAAUGAUGCACAUCAUGGUGGCUGGACAACAAAAAUGGAUUGGAUCUUCCACACAAUUAAGCAGCAUGCAUUGAACUGAAAUGAUAACUGAGAAACUGAAAGCUCACUAUCUGGAUUCUACACUGCACUGUUAAUAACUGUCAACAGGCAAAGACUGAUUGCAUAGGAAUUGCACAAUCCAUGAACAGCAUUAGAAUUCACAGCAAGAACAGAAAUAAAAUACUAUAUAAUUUAAAUAAUGUAAACGCAAACAGGGUUUGAUAGCACUUAAACUAGUUCAUUUCAAAAUUAAGCUUUAGAAUAAUGCGCAAUUUCAUGUUAUGCCUUAAGUCCAAAAAGGUAAACUUUGAAGAUUGUUUGUAUCUUUUUUUAAAAAACAAAACAAAAAUCCCCAAAAUAUACAGACAUGAUGGAGAAGGAAAAAGAAGGUUCUUUUCUGUCUUACAAAUGUUCUGUGUUUUGAAAUGUGGACACAACAAAGGCUGUUAUUGCAUUAGGCCUAAGUAAACUGGAGUUUUCGUUAAAUUACAAAAGAUUGGAAAAGAAUGAAAUUUUUUUAUUUUUCCAUUGCUGU